AUGUCUAAACCAUUUCAACAUUGGCGCACGUCUCAAUCGGUCCAAAAAUCCAAACUACGCCAGAAAUCGACCCAAUUCGCUCUCGGCCUAGCCCUAGGACUUUUCAAAACCCUCACGCUGUACUUCCUGCUGCAUCAUCAGUUCGGCAUCGAUCGGCAAACCACGUGCAUCGUAGCCGCCAUCUUGGGAACUCUGUUUACCAUCUUGUCCUGCUGCAGUUCCAGCUUCCAGUGCGUUAUCCUUCUGAUGGUCCCGCAGGUGUUGGGUAAACGGGGGCGGGCAGCGACGGUUGCCUACGUAUUUGUACUGGCCAUCAAUGGUCCCGCGAGGAAUACGAUCGCCAACAUUGAUGUCCUGGGCAAGGCACUCAGUUGCAGCCAGGAUCGACUGAAGGUGGCGAUCCACGAAGCUCUGCAAGCGGUGAAGGUCCCAUUUUUGGCUUUGAAAAAGGCAAUCGGAGUAAUUUUGAACGAGGUAGAGCGAGCCUUCAUGAAAGUUCAACGGAUUUUGAUGGAGAUUCUGAGGCUGGUCAAGAGGAUUCUGAGCAGCAUCAAGGCUGGAUACCGGUGGCUGGGAAACGUAGUUGCUGUUUGCAAUCAGAAGACCGGAUCGCCGUUUGAACGGUGCUUUCGGGCGUUGGAAUCAGCGGUGGAAGAUUGCAAGCGCAAGCUGGGACCAAUGGAAUUCUUGUGUGAGGUGACCCACGUUGCGAAAGUCGUUUGCUAUAGCGUUAAGGUCAUGGACUAUAUCUGCGAACUGAUCGACUUUGCCAGUGACAACAUCGUAGAAGCGAUUGAGCAGAAACUUCAAGCGUUCAUACACAAAAUACAGGUUAUGUUCCGGGUAAAAGUCGACUUCGACCAUGCGUUCGAAUUCACGACCAAUUCGUCGAAAAAUUACUCCCAAAUAACCAACGAAAUCACGCGGGAAAUCAACGAAAGAAGCAAAUUGCUGUUCAGUCUCUUCAAUGUCUUCACUGUCGUUUCAAGCUUUUGUUUCGUUUGUGUUAUCAUUAGAUCCGUAAGAUAUAAAAUGAAAUACCUAACGAAGGACUCGUUUGAUAACUUCUACAUCAGUCACGACUUUUUGGCUAUUGAUCAGCAUCGUCGUGGGAUGAACCGAGAUACGAUUCUGCCGUUGACCCGCAAGGAACGAAACCGUUUCAUCAACCUGAACUCGAUUUCCCUAAUCAGAAAGGAGAAGCUGCGAAUCGCUCGCACUGCCGUGUUUCUGUUCAUGUCUUCGAUUCAGAUUCUGGGAUUGAUCGCUGCCGAUUACUGUCUGUACUGGCUACUGGCGACAAUUCGCUAUGCCGCUCUGAGAGAAUCGGACAUCGAACGACCUCCAAUGGUCACGCUGGAGGUGAGCGGAUCGGGCAUAGUGGCCGAUAUGUACCGCGGAAUCGUGGGAGCCUUCGAACCGAUGGUCAAACACGUGGACAUCUUGGAUCCGGAACGAUGCGCCCCAGAUCCAAAAACUCCCAACUAUGUUCGGUACUUGCAAAUAAGUCUGCUCCUACUAUUCUGUUGGAUCUGUAUAGUACUGGAACCGUACGGCUUACGGGUUCGGCAGCUCAUCAUGAGAGGAUACUAUCCGGAGAGGGCACGGGAGAGGGCCACCUGGUUGUACAACGAUAUUCUACUGAAGAGGGAGUCCUUUGUCAAGGUUGUUCGACGGCAGAUGAGGUUUGACAAAGGAGAUCAUAAGCCAGGAAACUGGAUUGACGUGAUAAGAGCGAAGACCAAUCGGUUUUGGAUCUGUCGGAAGGUGUUUGGAGCAGGUGAUGGUAAGAAGUGUAUUCUAUGUAGUGAAAGACUAGCGAAGAAUGAAGCUGUUGGAUGUCUGCGACCGGGAUGCGUUGGGACGUACUGUUACGAGUGUUUCCUGGAGAUCCAGAAUGUGUGCUCGAUCUGUUCGGAACCGAUGGAUUCGAGUGAUCAGAGUGAUGUGUCAGUUGAAAGGUAA